AUGUCUACAGAAAACCCACACACCAGAGACACUACUGAGCUCCAACUCUUGUCAGGAAGCAAACAGGAGGAAGCGAUUUUGAAUCGUCAGAUCCAUGGCCUAACCAAAGAGAACGAUGGGGCCGACUCUGUGUUUUCAUAUGCUACUCGGGUUGAUAUUGCAAUAAUGGCUGUCAGCGGUUUAGCCGCAAUCAUUGCCGGGACUCUCAAUCCAAUCUUGACUAUCAUUUACGGUGGAUUAGUUGGGGCAUUUGCCGAGUUUUCUAAUCAUGAAAUCUCUGGAUCAGAGCUCUUGUCUACAAUUACAAAGUACACAAUCUACUUCAUCUAUCUUGCUAUAGUCGAAUUUGUGUUCAUCUACAUUGCCACCGUUGGCUUUUACCACACUGGAGAACGAAUAGUCCGGCGCCUAAGGCGUGAAUACCUCACCGCAGUCAUUCGCCAAAAUAUGGCUUUUUUCGACAUGCUUGGGCCAGGAGAAGUGACAGGCCGGAUUACAUCGGAUAUCAACCUCAUUCAUGAAGGGAUUACGAGCAAGCUUUCACUUGCCAUUACUGCGGCAGCAACAUUCACCACAGCCUUCGUGAUUGCAUUCAUCGAAUAUUGGAAAUUAGCCUUCAUCCUUACGUCUACAAUUGUUGCCAUGGCUGCUGUUGGGGCUUUGAGCUCGAGAUUCGCUCUCAAAUACACAAAGCUGUCAUUAGAAUCAAAUGGCCAUGGUACUACUGUUGCAAACGAGGCUAUAAGUUCCAUCCGACACGUAGCGGCCUAUGGCAUUCAGAAAGAACUCGCACAGAGAUAUCUACGUUUUGUUCUAGCCACAGAGAAGCAUAGUAUAAAAGCUGGUGCUAUUAUGGCGUUAAUGAUUGGAGUUAUGUACGGCAUACCUUACCUCAGCUAUGGUGCCCGGAAUGUUGUGACUACCACCUUAGCUAUCGUGAUAGGAGCUUUUGCGAUUGGAAAGGUAACACCGAGCGCACAGGCUUUUAUCGAUAGCCUAGCUAGUGCAAAAGGAAUACUCGAAAUGAUCUCAAGGAAAUUAUCCGAAGAUCCUCUCUCCGAUGACGGUGUGGUGCCCUCGGAUAUUAUUGGCAAAGUUGUUCUCAAGAACGUGAAACUGGUAUACCCGUCACGGCAAGAUGUUACUGUCCUCAAGGAUCUGAGCCUGGAAUUUCCAGCUGGGAAAACAACCGCAAUUGUGGGCCCUUCUGGUUGCGGGAAAAGCAGUGUACUUGGAUUAUUAGAACGGUUCUACGAACCAGUUGCUGGGCAAAUUGAGUUAGAUGAUCGCAAUAUUCGUUCGCUAAAUUUGCGCUGGCUACGGCAGCAAGUAGCAUAUAUCAACCAAGAACCAACGCUAUUUAACACUACAAUUUUUGAGAACAUUUGCUAUGGCCUCCGAGAUGACGUAAGUAGGAGCAAGGAAGAGCUGCGAACUCUUGUUAUAACAGCAGCCAAAACUGCAAACGCACAUGACUUCAUAACUGCCCUACCUUGUGGCUAUGAAACGGAUGUAGGGGAAAGGGGCUUGCAAUUAUCGGGAGGUCAGCGUCAGCGCAUCGCUAUUGCGCGUGCCGUUGUCGGUUCUCCAAAAAUUCUAUUACUAGAUGAGGCAACUUCGAGCCUCGGCUCGUUAUCUGAGAGUAUGGUACAGGAUGCUCUAGAUACUGCUAUGAAGGGCCGCACCACAAUUGUGAUAGCACAUCGAUUAAAGACCAUUCGACGAGCUGAUAGCAUUAUCGUUGUGUCUGACGGCAUGGUGGUAGAGCACGGCAGGCAUGAGGAUCUGAUGCUGCAAAAUGGGGUCUACGCUGGGAUGGUAGAUAUGCAGGAUAGAUUCGACAAAGAAAAAGGUCAAGACUAUACGACGGAUGUUUUUAGGGGUACAGAGUAUGAGGAUACUAUGCAAGGAAAGCAUAGUAUUGAAGAUGAAAAAUAUGAGGGUGAUCGACCACCAGCUACUGAAGUUCCACUAAAUUCCUUGGACGGUGCCAAAAAUACCCCUAAACUGUCUUUGAGACAGUUAGUCAAGCUUGUUAUCACCUUGGUCAGCCACGAGCGCUGGAUUAUUAUCACGGGAUUGUUCUUCUCCAUCAUAGUUGGACUCAUCACCCCAGCCCAAUCUGUGCUCUUUGCAAACUUCAUCAAUGUGCUAUCACUGCCUUCAACUUCAUACGGAGAUCUUCUGCAACGAAGUAAUUUUUGGGGCCUCAUGUACCUUGCCCUGGGCGUUAUUGGAUUGGCCGCCCGGCUGGUUCAGGGCUUAUGCUUCUCCUUUGUGUCGGAGAAGUUAACACGCCGAGCGCGAUACAAGACUAUGCAGUCUAUAAUGCGACAAGAUAUUGGCUUCUUCGACCAGAAAGAGCACUCCAUAGGCGCGCUCACAGCUUUCCUCUCUACAGGAACAAAUAACCUCAACAGUCUGGGCGGCGCCAUCCUAGGCUCAAUCUUUUCUUUUAUCGCAACUAUUGGUGGUGGAAUCAUUCUCUCACUUAUAGUUGGAUGGAAGCUAGCUCUCGUAUGUUCAGCAACAAUCCCAUUCGUGGCAGGAUGCGGUUGGGUACGCCUCAAGGUUUUGACCCUUUUCGAUGAGAAGAUCAAGAAGACCCAAGAAGAAUCAGCUAGCUAUGCAAAUGAAGCUGUGGGUGCUAUUCGUACCGUUGCUUCAUUUGGACUUGAACCAAAGGUUCUCGAUCAUUAUAGCGGCAUUCUAGUUCGUCAAGCCUCGAAGUCUCUCCGCUCUAUUAUAUACGCCUCAGCACUCUACGCGGCUUCUCAAUCUGUUGUAUUUCUAUGUGCAGCGCUUGGAUUCUGGUAUGGAGGGUCCCUGAUAGCUAGCCGGGAAUAUACCAUGGUGCAAUUCUUUAUAUGUUUCUCCGCUUUGAUCUCCGGCUCCCAAUCGGCUGGUACCAUCUUCUCCUUUGCUCCGGAUAUAAGCAAGGCCUUACACGCGGGCAGUGACUUGAAAGCACUUUUGGAUAGCCGACCAAUUAUCGAUUCUUGGGAUAAUGGCGGCCAGCCAAUUGAUGAAACUACGAACGGUCAGCUCGAAUUUAAGGACGUUUGCUUUAGUUAUCCGUCAAGACCACAACAGCUGGUCCUUGACCAUUUCAACCUUUCAAUCCAACCUGGUCAGUAUAUCGCGAUUGUUGGUUCCAGCGGUUCUGGCAAAAGCACACUGGUAUCCCUAAUUGAACGAUUCUUCAAUCCAACCUCCGGACGUAUCAGCUUUGCAAACAAAGAUAUCUCAAAGUUCAAUGUCAACGACUAUCGCCGCAUGAUAUCUCUAGUUAGCCAAGAGACAACAAUAUACCAAGGCACAAUACGAGAAAAUAUUGUUCUCGGCUCAAACACUGAUAGCGUGUCAGACGAGGACUUAAGAAAAGCUUGCAGAGAAGCUAAUAUUUUGGAUUUCAUACAAUCCCUUCCGGAUGGAUUCUCAACGCUCCUUGGACCCCAUGGUAAUCUUCUCAGCGGAGGCCAGAAGCAGCGCAUCGCCAAUGCUCGUGCAUUGCUACGGAACCCAAGAAUUUUGCUUUUAGACGAAGCGACAUCGGCCCUUGACUCGGAAUCUGAAAAGAGUGUUCUAGAAGCAUUAGAUGUUGCUGCAAAGCAGCGCACUACAAUUGCAAUUGCACAUAGGUUGAGUACGAUUCAAAAGGCGGAUAGAAUAUGCGUUGUAGCUCAUGGACGGGUGAUUGAGUCUGGCACACAUGCAGAGCUAAUGGAACUGCGACAAGCUUACUUCGACCUCGUCCAAGCACAAAACGCGGCCAUAGAUAGUUAA